UCAUUUGGUCUCGCCAAUUUGAGUUAUCUUAUCAGCUAUCGUCACGUGAAAAUGAGUAACGCGUUCGUUCCAGAACCAGCCUUGAGUUUAUUGUGCCCUUCAUCAUGUUCUUCGCUGCCAGUUUGCUUAUACUCGCUGUCCGUGCGGCUGCUUCAAAUGUCAAUAUAUACCACCGCAUAUUUGCUCCAGGAGCGCCUGAAUUACCUUUCGUCGAACGUGGGGUAAUAAAUAAUUCACGCUUCCAACCUUCAUCGACGUUGUCUCAACACUGGCUGGACUUUGAAACAGCUCUCGAAAGUUUACUAUCUACUCCAGAAGUAGACCUGGGCCGGGUGCUGUACCAAGUCGCUUUGGAAAGGGAAGGCGCAGAUCGGGAUGUUUCUUCAGUCAAACUGUGUCAUAUUCCAUUGAUUACUUCCGAAUCCAUCAUUCUCCAUGCCCCACAUUUGGCGCAAAACAACGCUCCGUAUGCGAUUAACUAUUUCGUGACCCCAAUCCCGGACGAUGGAGCCUGCCCUAGACUGGGCUCAGGUCUUGUGUCCCUUCCAUCUCCAUUCCAAGCAUUAUCCAAGCUAAACACGACAAUCAUACAUAAACCAGAUACUCAACCUCCGCAACCACAACUCCGUACACCCCCUCAGCUAACAGCGGAAGGAGCGCCAGUGCAAUCUCCGCCUGAAAAAUCAUUUGUUCAGAAGUACUGGAUGUACAUCGUUGCCGUCUUAUUUGCUCUGUUGAUGACUGGCGGAGGCCCGGAAGAAGAAGGGCAAUCUAGAGCAAGCACUUGAUCCAUCUUCUGUGUACAAUGUAUCAAACCAAAGACACUAAAGCAUGCACCGUGACUGAGCCGAUCUACAUAUAUCUCAUCGGAAAUUGUAAACAGCUUUCAAACUGUAUAUCGAGAGAUUAUUGGGAAAAUAUCAAAGAAACUAUGGAUUUCUCUCUAAGUUAAGCCUUGCAACAUUAUAUUGGUUUUAAUAACGUCGUGCACCGUCAGAAAAAAGUUACCAUACUUCAUCGAACCUGGGCUUCGUCCUCUCCUUCUGCUUUGUUCUCUGGCUUACAUGGAAGUUGAUGUUGGCCUCAUAUACGGAAACGAAAGGAUUUAUUUGGAUACCCGUCUCUCUGU